AUGGACAAAUAUGCCCCUCCCGUCUCCUCUGAAACACGCCAAAACGGCAAAACCCUAGCCCUAGGUUCUUUGCCGCCGGCGUCCCCGGACUCAGCGCUUCCGCUUCUUCCUCUUCCCUCUAUCCGGAACCCAGGUAGUUCGGCACAUCGUCCCAUCCUCGCUAGCUUCUCUGUCCGUGGCUUGGAGCAGCUUGCCAUCGGGUCACCGCUUGCCGUCGUCUCUGCUCUCGCCGUCGUGUCGCCGGUUGCCGCCGUGUCUCUGUCGAAGAUCUCUGUAGUGAAGCUAGUGGAUCCUGAAGUGAAGGAACGCAACAAUGAGGAAGAAGGAGGUGAAGAGUUGUCUGAUAUAUACCACUCACCGCAGGUUUUCAAGCUGAACUAUGCGGAGAUGAUGGAGAAGUUCAAGGUUUGUAUAUAUGCUGAUGGAGAUCCCAAGACAUUUUAUCAAACACCUAGGAAGCUCACUGAGAAAUACGCCAGCGGUGAGGGAUAUUUCUUCCAAAAAAUUCGGGAGAGCAGGUUUCGAACCCUCGAUCCUGAUCAGGCACACCUCUUCUUCAUACCAAUCUCCUGUCAUAAGAUGCGUGGCGAGGAUUAA